CGUGCGUCUCUCACGUAACCACGCCCACGAAGCUCCGGCCCGCCCCGAGAAAACCUUGAGGGACGGAGUCCAGAGUCUGGCCUCGUUUCCCUAGCAACCGUCUCCGGAACAGAUGAACACCUAGCGAUUUGACGGACUGUGCCGGGUCUGGGCCGUUUGUUCCCAACUUAUAAAGCCUUGCAGCCCAGUUGACCCGAUGUUUCAUGGAACAAUAACAGAAGAGCUAACCAGUCAUGAAGAAUGGAGUCACUAUAAUGAGAACAUAAUAGAAGAUCAAAAAGAUUUUGUUUUCGUGAAGUUCAGUGGCCUGCAUUUAAAAUCCAUGGAAAAUUUGCAAUCCUAUAUCUCUCUCAGAGUAUGCAUCUUCUCAAACAAUUUUAUUACAGAUAUUCAUCCACUUCAAAGUUGUAUAAAAUUAGUCAAACUUGAUCUCCAUGGAAAUCAGAUAAAGAGUCUACCAGAUACCAAAUUUUGGAGUGGAUUGAAGAAACUAAAACUCCUCUAUCUUCAUGACAAUGGGUUUGCAAAGUUAAAGAAUAUAUGUAUGUUAUCUGCCUGUCCAAGUCUCAUUGCCCUCACUAUGUUCGAUUGUCCAGUGAGCCUUAAAAAAGGAUAUAGACAUGUUCUUGUCAACAGUAUAUGGCCUCUCAAAGCACUGGAUCAUCAUGUGAUUUCUGAUGAAGAAAUAAUUCAGAACUGGCAUCUUCCCGAAAGAUUCAAAGCAUAUAACCACCGACUUUUCUUUAAUUUCUGCCCUGCUUUGAAAAAGGGAUCAACCUAUGAUGAUGAAAUUAAUAAUAUCAAGCAUAUUAUCUCAAAAAUUAAUGAAAUUCUGGCUCAUAAUUCUCCAGUUUUGAUUGUUCAAAGAUGGAUACGUGGUUUCUUAGUUCGGAAAAACACGAGAGGAAAACUUUUCUCGCAAGAAUCUCUCAGCAUUGUAAUUGGGGAGAUAAGCCCCUUGUUGCUGUGCAAAAAACGCCAGGAGAAACUUAUUGGUGAAUGUGAAACAAAAUGGAUUUACAUACACAAAGGAUAUGAAGACAGGCUCUUUAAGAAUCUCUUUUUACAACCUGAAACUAAUAUAAUGGGAAAGCUUACACAUUGGAAACAUAUUAUACAUUCUCCUGUUUAUUUAAAAAAUUCUAGAGAACAGAGUAAACAUGUUUCUUCUAUUGUAUAUGAAUUGAAAACAAAAGAAAUUGGUAUAAAAUCAAAAAAAUCAAGACAUCUCACUCAAAGAGGUCAGAAGGAGUCUGAAGAUGAAAGUGAGAAUGAAGAAUUGGAUGCCAGUUUUAGGAUAUCAGUGUUCAAACUACCCAUACAUACUUCAGAUUCACUGAAGUAUGCAGCAUUAUUGAAAGAAAACUAUUAUUUUCCUACAUAUGUCCAGCCGUUUCCUACUACUCAUCAAAAACCAGCAAUUAAUAAAAAAGACAUGCUGUUGAAGAGUAAUGUAAGGAAAGAGUUUUUUACAGCACACAGAACUGGUAUAAAACUCCAAACACUUCGGGAUAUUGAUAAAUAUUACUCAGAGCAAAAGAAGCAGGAAAGCCAUAAGAAAAGAAUAGCAGCUAUCACCAUUGCACAAAGUGCCCAAGAAAGAGUUCGCUCAACUGUUCAAGAAAACCUAAAUAAGAAAAAAAAUGCUGCACAAAAACUAAUUGCAAAAGAUAAUGAGACAAUUCAGAAUGGUUUACUACAACUUUGGCAGGACAGAUUCAAUUACCUCAAGAAAGUUAGAGAGAGGAGAGCUAUGUUUCUAGCAGAAAAAAAACAAAAGGCUGAAGACCGUUUAUUAAUUCAAAACAUAAGUAAUGAGCGCACUCUUUUAUCCAAAGGAAUUAUUAAAAUGGACAGAUUGAGGAAGAAUCAAGCUGUCUUACAAGAAAAAUGUCUGAUUGUUCAGCAAAGACUAGAAAUGGAAAAAUAUCAAAAGAAUUUAUUAAAACAAAUGAAGGAAAUCAGGGCUCAAGAAACAUAUAAAAAACACUGUAAAGAAAAAUUUGUUUUUGAUAUGAUUGCCUUUCAAAAAGCUUGUGAAAGAUUUGAAGAUGCUCAAACAAAAGCUGCAAUUAUGAAAACGAAUUUCGUCUUUCAAGUUCCCAGAGGAGUGACAAAAUGAACCAAUGCCAGGUUACAUCUGUGGUCCUUUUGAAUUAUGGCUAAUAUGUUUAGUUGAAGGACUUUGAAAUAAUUCUAUGAAAGAAGAAAUACUCUAUGUAACAAGAUGGAUUUGUAUAUAAAUCUUCUAAAAUAUAAACAAUAAUUAAACUGUUUCUCUUGUUGAUCAUAAUUUAAUUUGAAUCAAGUUAACUUGACACCCUCAAAAGGUUCCUUAUAUUUCCAGAUGUCCAAGGAACAUUUAAAACUUAUUUAAUUUAUUGCAGGAAAUAAUGCAAAGGCAUUAAUUGUAUUGCUUCAUAUUCCAAGGAUAGUUAUCCUAAAGCUAUUUUCAGUUUCUCUGGCAAUCUUAGCAUAGUAAUUUCUGCCCCAGCUGUUGACUUUUAUUAAGACACUGUGUACCUUGAUUAGUUUCAUUACGUACU